AUGUCGUUUUUAACCAACGACCGCUAUGCUGGCGGUGAUAGGGAUAGGGAUAGGAGCCGCGGUAGUCGGGAUCGCUCUGUCAUGGAGAGUGACUACGGUCGGUUAGCCGAGAGACCGGAGAGGUUAGAUGGUGACUGGCCAUAUGGCAGUGGGAGAGGCAGGGGCAGGAGUCCUGUGCCUCCUCGUAAUCGCCGUCGCUCUCGAUCACCGCCCCCGAUGUUGACUGGAAACAUCGACCGUUAUGUUCCCCGCUCUCCUCAACCCCGCCGCUCGCGCUCUCCUUCGCGCCCACGAUUUGAUCCCUAUCCACACCAUCCACCUGGAAUGCCCCCAAUCCCAGGGGCCAAGCCUGGUACUAUUGAUCGAUACGUUCCACCUCAGAGUAUUGCUGCGAACCCAAUGCUAUUUGACCCACACAAAUUGGACUACCAAGUAGCUUUCAAUUAUUUCUCUGAUUGGUACCACCAGGAGAACCCAAGUGAACCUGGUAGUAAUAGGAAGGAAGAGGUUAAACAAAAAUACGAGGAGUACAAAGAAGAGCUACAGGCGCGCCUUGCCAGGAGCUUUGUAAGUUCCCACAAGAAUGAUGAAUGGUUUAAGGAACGCUAUGUUGCCGGUGAGAAAGAGAUUGUCAAGGAAAAGAUUAUAGCGUACCGAAAAGGUGCCUGGAGAAGGUGGAAUGUUCUCUUUGAGAACGGGGCAUUAGAUGGUAUCGACAGAGAAAGCGGCAACCACGCCCCAAAACAGGGCGAUAAUUCUGGUGCCGAUCCUGGCGAAGAGAUCGAAGAAGUAAAUAGAGGAAUCGAGGAUGAUGGUUUAAAGCCCGUUCUGUUGAUCAAGACAAUCAGCCCCACAGUCAGCAGGAAGCAACUAGAAGAGCUUUCUGCCAGCAAUCUGCCCAAUUUUCAAUUCGUCUCUCUGUCCGACCCCAACCCCUUGAAAAAGUUUCACCGCAUUGGCUUCAUUCUACUAUCUCCCACUGAUCCCAAUGAUCCCACUUCUGAACCUGCGACUGUUGACGAGUCUACCGUCGAGCUUCUGAAUGGUAAAAGUAUCCAUGAUGAUACUCAUGGUGACUUUAUGUGCCAUGUGGGAAUUCACAAUGGUCCCCCAAAUGCUAGGACGAGAAAGGUUUUAAAUGAGGCCAUGAGCAUGCCUGAAAACAUCAAAAAGGAGGCUGAAUUGGUCGAAAAAUGCAUUAUCAAGUUCGAAUCCGAACUUCGUUGUGACGAAAAUGAUAUGAAUGGGUAUGAGGGAUGGGAAAUGAUCAAAGACAAGGUGGACGAAUAUGGCCGUGGGGAAAGGGAAAAACGAGAGGGUAGUGAAGAAGAAGGUGAAGAGGGCGCUGAGGGAGAAGUCCAGCUCAAAAUCCAGAAAAAGACCAUUGAUCUGGGCGUUGAGUACCUCCGCCGCGUAUUCUCUUUCUGUAUCUACUGCGUGUCUUCAUCCGACUCCAUACAUGAACUCACCAGAAAGUGUCCUGGUGGGCAUACUAGACGCCCCACCCCGUCCAGAAAAGCUGGAAAUGUUUGGGGAAAGCCAAUCGAUGAGGCCGUGGAAGAAGAGAUCAUGAAAAGUAUGAAACAGGAAGACGAAGGCAAGUACAGAUGUAAAGUCGCGGGCUGCACAAAGUUAUUCAAAGCCGAAGAAUUCUGGAGAAAGCAUUUGGAUAAGAAACAUUCAGAGUGGCUUCAAGGUGUUGAGGCUGAGGCUUCCCUGGUCAACAGUUACGUUCUCGACCCAUGCCGCGUCCACCCUCCAAAGUUGGAACAGAAUAGUCAAGGUGGAUUCACGACAGUGCAGGGUGGUAGAGGAGGUUUCCCUAUGCUUCCAAUAGGAGGAUUUGGUGGUCCUGCUGCAGGCGCUUUCCAGCCACCAGCAAGUUUCAACUUCAACCCAGCAUUCUUCCAGGGCCACCACAGCGCAGGUGACAAAUACAUACCUGGCCACCUCAACGGGGGUCCUGGUGGUGCUGGUCUCCCCUCGGAUCCCCGCCGCGAUGGAAACGGCGUAGGUCCUAUGAGGAGAAGAGAUAACCGCUUACCGCUUGGAGCUGGCAGUACUAUAUUGCCUGUCGGUGGACCUCCUGGCAGAGAAAGAUAUGCGCCAUAUGCUGGUCGGCGUGGCGGACCCACUGAUAGGAAUGAUAGGGAGAGGGAGAGGGAUAGAAGAGAUAGAGAUAUGCGUGAAGUUCGACAAGGCACUGGCGGGCCUAGUGGAAGGUCAGGUUCAAUUGGUGGUUCCACUGGACCCGAAGCCGAACUUGCAGUCUUAGGUAGAAGCGUCAAAAGUUACAUGGAUCUCGAUGCGGCUGGUGGAGGAGAGAAGAAGUCAGUUGAGGAGUUGGAUUACUAG